GUGAGUGCAGGGAGCGGCUCUGUAGUGUGAACAGUCCCCAGGUGUAUGCCCACAGUACUCAGUGCUGGAGAAGGAAUGUAUGUGGCUCAGCCCCAGUCUGAUGUACCUAAGGAGCAGUAUGCCGAGGAGAGUCCCGCUAAUGGCUUCCUACAGGUAGAACUAGAGUUGAACUUGAAACUGGGGAAUCUGCGAUUUCAGGAUCCAGUGAAGUAUGUGUACAACCCCUUGUUGUAUGCCUGGGACCCACAUGAGAAUUAUGUCCGGACAUACUGCCAAUCCAGAAAGGAAGUGCUUUUCUUAGGAAUGAACCCUGGACCGUUCGGCAUGGCUCAGACAGGGGUUCCAUUUGGGGAAGUUAAGCAUGUACGUGACUGGCUUAAGAUUGGUGGAAAUGUCUAUAAACCAGAAAUAGAGCAUCCAAAAAGACCUAUACGUGGCUUUGACUGUCCCAACAGUGAAGUGAGUGGUGCUCGAUUUUGGAGUUUCUUUAAGUCCAUCUGUGGCCAACCUGAAACCUUUUUCAAACACUGCUUUGUGCACAACCACUGCCCUCUCAUAUUUAUGAAUCAGUCCGGAAAGAAUCUUACUCCAACAGAUCUUCCUAAAGCACAGAGGGACUCGCUCCUAGAAAUUUGCGAUGAAGCCUUAUGUCAAGUUGUCAAAACACUUGGGGUCAAAAUGGUGAUUGGAGUUGGAAGGUUUUCGGAGCAACGAGCAAAAAAAGCCUUGGCUGGAGAAGGGAUGGAGGUGACAGUGAAAAGUAUCAUGCAUCCAUCCCCUAGGAACCCACAAGCCAACAAAGGAUGGGACGGUGUGGCAAGGACACAGCUCCAGGAGCUUGGAGUAUUGCAUUUACUGACUGGAUGAGGUAGAAGUGACUCCUGAGUUGCUUGUAAAAAAGCCUCUGCCGCUCAGAACUGCCAAGUGACUCUGGAACUUAACAAAGAACAGAUGGAGGGUUCAUUGCGUUACCGCUUCUUGUGUGACCUUCAUACUCCAUGUAAAGCAAAAGCUUCCAAUGUCCUAAAAUCACACCUGUGCUUUCAUGAAGGGGUUUGGAUGAAGCUUUUAGUUGCUGCAAAUCAAUUUAUUUCCUAAUUUAUCACAAUAUCUUUCACCUCAGCACUAAGGACUCGCAAGUAUAUGUAAUAUCACACUAUGUUUUAAUCACUUCAGUUUACACAUAAAAUUAAAAGUUUAAGGGUUUAGUGGGUUCAAAAAAAUAAAUAUAAAAAAUAACAUAUACACACUUGCCCCAAGGCCCUGCAGCUGGUACCCCGAUGCUCCUGCUCUUCCUGGUUUCUGAUGGCAUGGUGUCUCCAUAGGAACUGUCCAGCUCAGCCAAUCACUGAUCACAGCAUAACUACAGCCCCUUUCUUCAGGAGGUAAAUUGUAAACAAAUAAUUGCUUUACUGCGUACUGUAAUAUUGUUACCAUGUUGUUUGCUUUAUGCACUGAUUUUACAUGUGUAACACAUCAUGCCAUCAUGCAGCCAGACACUGCUGUGUCAUUGUAGUGUUAAAUGGCUACUGUUCUCCUGUAAUAUGGUGUAAAGAAAGAGUCGGAUGGGGAAAGGGAGCACCAAGACUUGGUAGUGGCCCAGUGCAGGUUUUCUUUUCAUGUUUUAUCCAUGUGGAAAAUGUAUUUAAAUGUGUUGAUUAAAUUUUUACCCAUUUUUAUCCAAUACUGACCUCCCCUGCAGCCUUCCUCAAACUGCAGACAAUACAUCAUAAAUCCACUCGGCAAAUCAUUGGUGGAGGCAGGACACCUCUGCGGCCAGUGAUUGGCAGUGAGUGUCAAUGUGACCUAUGUCUGCAGCCUCGGGAGUGCAGCUCCAAGACGCUGCUCUCAGUCAGGAGAGUAUGUCGUCUACCAGUGAACAACAUUCAUUCCUAUGGGAGCGCCGAUGAUGCCUGAGAGCUGUACUCGGGUCUUUUCGGCACUCCCAUAGGAAUGAAUGGAACGCAGCACACGCUCCUCACUGAGCGCCUGUGUCCUGUCCCGGUGAUCGUGGGGGGCCCCCAUCGGUCAGACCCCCCCGUGAUCAGCUACUUAUCCCCUAUCCUGUGGCUAGGGGAUACGUUUUUUUUUGCUGUAGAUCUCCUUUAACACUGCUGACUUUUUUUUUUUUUUUUAAAGCUCUCCAAAAUAUUAUAUUGACAAAAGGCAUUAUUGGUAAUAUACACAUGAGCAUAAGUACAAUAAAUGUUGUAAAAACGUAAAAUAGCAAUCCAGGUCCUCCAAAAGAGGAUAAAGUAUGCCAUCUGACUAUUUUUGUUCAUACAAAAACAAGAGAAAAAAGGAAAACCUAUCAGAAGAGCAUACACAAUAAACCAAUGGUGUCAUAGCAGUAGAACACGAAAACAUAAAAUCGCUUUGUAACCACAUGACCU